AAGCGCUCUGAGAGGAAAGACAGAAGUGGUCUCCGCCAGUCAAGAACCCCUCAAAAGCAUUUUACCAUGGAUAUAGAAGAUGAAGAGAAUAUGAGUUCCAGCAGCACUGAUGUUAAGGAAAACCGCAAUCUGGACAACAUGCCCCCCAAGGACAGCAGCACACCCGGGCCUGGCGAGGGUCUUCCACUCUCCAACGGGGGUGGUGGUAGCACCAGCAGGAAGCGGCCCCUGGAGGAGGGCAGCAAUGGCCACUCCAAGUACCGCCUGAAGAAGCGAAGGAAAACACCGGGGCCUGUUCUGCCCAAGAACGCCCUGAUGCAGCUGAAUGAGAUCAAACCUGGCUUACAGUACAUGCUGCUAUCCCAGACAGGACCUGUGCAUGCGCCUCUGUUUGUCAUGUCUGUGGAGGUGAACGGGCAGAUCUUUGAGGGCUCUGGCCCUACAAAGAAAAAGGCAAAACUCCAUGCUGCUGAGAAGGCCUUGAGGUCUUUUGUCCAGUUUCCCAACGCCUCUGAGGCACACCUGGCCAUGGGCAGGACUCUCUCUGUGAACACAGACUUCACCUCUGACCAGGCCGACUUCCCCGACACACUCUUCAAUGGCUUCGAGACUCCAGACAAGUCAGAGCCACCCUUCUACGUGGGCUCCAAUGGGGAUGACUCCUUCAGCUCAAGUGGAGACGUCAGCCUGUCAGCCUCCCCAGUGCCUGCCAGCCUCACCCAGCCUCCUCUGCCCAUCCCACCGCCAUUCCCACCCCCAAGUGGGAAGAAUCCUGUGAUGAUCUUGAAUGAGCUGCGCCCAGGGCUGAAGUAUGACUUCCUCUCUGAGAGCGGGGAGAGCCAUGCCAAGAGCUUUGUCAUGUCGGUGGUGGUAGAUGGCCAGUUCUUUGAGGGCUCAGGGAGAAACAAGAAACUUGCCAAGGCCCGGGCUGCACAGUCUGCCUUGGCUACUGUCUUCAAUUUGCACUUGGACCAAACACCAUCUCGCCAGCCUGUCCUCAGUGAGGGUCUUCAAUUGCACUUGCCACAGGUAUUGGCGGAUGCUGUCUCACGCCUGGUCCUGGGUAAGUUCAGUGACCUGACAGACAACUUUUCCUCCCCCCACGCACGAAGAAAAGUGCUUUCUGGAGUAGUGAUGACCACAGGUACAGACGUCAAAGAUGCCAAGGUGAUAAGUGUUUCGACAGGGACGAAAUGCAUCAACGGUGAAUAUAUGAGUGACCGUGGCCUCGCACUAAAUGACUGCCAUGCAGAGAUAAUCUCCCGAAGGUCCCUGCUCAGGUUUCUUUAUGCACAGCUUGAGCUUUAUUUAAAUAACAAAGAAGACCAGAAAAAGUCCAUCUUUCAGAAGUCAGAACGGGGUGGGUUUCGGCUAAAGGAUACUGUACAGUUCCACCUGUAUAUCAGCACCUCACCCUGUGGAGACGCCAGAAUAUUCUCCCCCCAUGAGCCAGUGCUAGAGGGUAUGACGCCAGAAUCUCACCAGCUGACAGAACCAGCUGAUAGACAUCCAAAUCGGAAAGCAAGGGGACAGCUACGGACAAAAAUAGAGUCUGGUGAAGGGACAAUCCCUGUGCGCUCCAACGCCAGCAUCCAGACCUGGGACGGGGUGCUGCAGGGGGAACGGCUGCUCACCAUGUCCUGCAGUGACAAGAUAGCACGGCAUCAGCAAUGCAGAGGCACGGCAGCCAGGGAAGGCACCCAACUUCAGUGUCAACUGGACAGUGGGCGACUCUGCCAUAGAGGUCAUCAACGCCACCACAGGGAAGGACGAGCUAGGCCGCCCAUCCCGCCUGUGUUCCCCCCCACCUGCUGCGCACCAAGAUCACUAAGCCCACUACAUACCACGAGUCCAAGCUGGCAGCGAAGGAGUACCAGGCUGCCAAGGCACGUCUGUUCACUGCCUUCAUCAAGGCGGGGCUGGGCGCCUGGGUGGAGAAGCCCACAGAGCAGGACCAGUUCUCCUUCACUCCCUGAGCCAGGCGGGUGUCGAGCACAGAGUGCGAGGCUGCGGGGUCGUCCUCCAGAGCCUUGCAUCCGAACUGGGACAGGUGUGCACCUUGGGGAGGGCAUGGGGAGUCUGGGGGAACCACUGGACAUCGAGCACCAUCCCCAGCAGCUCUCACCCCAACAGGGCAGCAUGGGGAUGUAGGGUGCCGGGCACCUCACAUGUGAAUGGGGAUCAGGUGCACAGUGGGGGUGCAUGGGGGGCAUAGGGGCCCAUCACCACCCCUUGCCACACAUUUCCCCUCUUGAGCUACCCAGUGACCGCUUUAUAUCUCAGUUUACAUUAGACAUUGAGUUCUACUGAGUAGGGCUUCCUAAGUAUAGGAAAAUAGAAAUUACUUUGUGUGAGAUUCUUGAAUAAAUAAUUUAUUCAGAGCUAGGAAUGAGAUUUAUAAAAUAAGAAGUAAUUAUGUCAGGUCACUUUUAUGCCACAUUAUUUUAAUUGCAAAAAAAAAAAAGAAAGCGUUUCUCUGUGGAAGAGCAUGAGAAUAGAGAGGUAGGAAGAGAACCACCACACUCACAUCUAUGCGUGGCCACUCCUCUCUGGUCCUUCACAGUUAGGUCCUCACAGUAGGUGUUAACAGCUCUCCUGGGGUGACCCAGCAUGAUAUGGUGUGACCCUGGCACACACUGGCCCUGCAGCAGGGAUGCUGUGUCCUACAGAGUCAUGAUUUAGGAUCUGCUGCCUCUAGAAACUUCCAUGCCCCUGGUUAGGCUCAGAUCAUGGAGAACUCGAUUUGCUUCUGAAGAUCAAAUACAUCCAUAGCAUAUUGGCUGGUCAUCAUUUGGGGGUUUUAACCAUGUAGGUUUUGUGACCUAGAAGAACUCAGUAGGGCUGCUAUGCACACAGAGUACACAGCCUGCCUUCUGCUCCUUCCAUGGGAUCUGGUGGGUCAGAGCCAUGACUACUCAGAAAGCUUCACAGAAUGGAGAGUGUUAUUUAAGCAGGUACCAUUCUUGGAGCAUGCCAGGUAAGGCGUAUUAUUAAGUUAUUCCUUCCAGCUUUAUCAGACACGUGUCUGAAAAACAAAGCAUUCAGGUUGAAGCUGGUGAGGCAGUAUGAGGCCAGAAUGCUGCAGACCAGACGUUGGUAUCUGGACAGGCAGGCCUGGGUGCUAUUGGCAUCUUGGGUCUCAGCCCCAAGAUGCUUCUCAGCACCCUUUAGGCACAGGGUGGCCCCCAGGGCCCUGGAGUGGACCACCUGGACCUCCUGUGCUCAGACUUGCCCCAGGUGCCUUGUUGCUUCCACUCAGGAUUAGGGAGGAGUAGAGGGAGGAGGGGCUGUGGCUGUCGGCUCUGUGCCAGCUGGGUCCAGCAGGUUGCUCUGAAGAGCCUCAGGGCCAUGAGCGGAGAAGGUGCAGACUCAUCCCACAGCACCCAUCCACUACAGCUGCAUCCAGAGCACUGACAGCUGGGUGGCGCUGUGCUGUUCCCCAGGUGUUUGUGUCCUUGACACACUGAGAAAAACCAGGACAAAAGCAUAGCCACUGUCUGUUCCACCAGAUCCCCAGCAGACCUCAAGAGGCUGUGUGUUGUCGCUUACAUGAGACCUACUGUGUCCCCGUGUCAGGAGCCCUGUCUGUGUCCUUGUGGGUAUCUCACAUGGUUCUCAUCCUGUGGGGCUUGAUCCUCAUGGCAUGAAGGUCCUACCAGAACUCCCUAGUGACAUGUGUCAUUACAGACAUCUCCAGCUCACCACCUGCCCUCCUGACAAAGGUGAGCUCUCCCAGUCAGGAUCACAGAGCCCUGUGGGCCAUGGCAGGGCCUUGUUUGAAUACAGUGCACUGGGGUUCCUUAGAGAAAGGGUCUCAUGUUGUCAUAGUAUCAGCACCUUCCACACAGACUCCUGCACUUUCCGGAAAGAAAAACACCAUGUUGGUGUGUUCUUACUCUUGUUUUUAAAUGUGUUUUUUUCUAGUGGAGAUGGGGAGAUGGACUUAGUUGGGUUUGUGUUUGUUUUUAAGUACAUUUUUGUUAUAAAGUAUAGCAAAAGUGUAUCCCAUAUACACUGAGAACCAUGCAUUACAUCUGGCUUUCCGUGUCACAUAACAAGAGUGCCCAACCGGAAAGUGAAUGGUACAAUUUAUAGCAUGCCUAAAACCACAGGGGCCUGGCCUGCCUAGACUUGACCCGGAAGGAGGGAGGAAGACAGCCUGGAGGGCUCCCUGCAGUGAGAAGGAGGCGGCAGCAUGGGGGCAUGCACCACCUUCCCCUGCGCCCAGGUUGUGGUAGCUCAAACAGCCCAUCUGUGGCCAGAGAGAAAAGAAACGGAAAUGUUAACUUAAGACACUAAGCACUUUGAGCCCCUUCCAGAAGGUCAUAGACACCAUGAUGGUAGUCCAUGUCCAGGACCUAGACAUCGCACACUCAGCAGAAAGCUUGACACACCAAGAACGUGAUGGAAAUUGUUUGGGUACUUCAGCAGGUAAAGGUUAGGAGGUUCUCCAUUCUGUGUUAAUUCCACAAAGCAUAUCCCUCAGGACUAUUCAGGCCCAGCUUUGACAGGGCUGUAGCUACUCACUAGGAGGUCAUUGUCACAAGGGAGUCUCAGAUGGGCUAGCAUGUUUGUGUAGGGCCAGGGCUCUCCACUUAGAUCUAUGCAGGGUGGGUGUGGUGGCCAUACCGUUAACCCUGGUCCAUUAAUCGUGUCAGGAGGAAGCACCUCUCCCAGCGAGGGACACCAAAGAACUACAACUUUGAAUCGGAAUCUGAGUCUUUGACCAUUCUUCCUAUUUUGAAUUUUUUUUUAAUAAUUAGAAAUCAAUUUAAGUGUGCAAACCAUCAUCUCAUAAGGCAUUGCUGUCUGUUUAUUCUGUGCCCAGCUCAUCUUACCUCCAGGCUGUAGUUGCUGCUUAUUUUUCAGCCUACGUCUCCCCUUUAGUUUCAGACAGGUGCACCAAGGGUGGGCAACCACCAGAGGGUCAGGAAUGUUGGGUGAGCUGCAUCACCCCAUGCUAAGAGUAAGUACACACAAUGCAGGAGCAGCUUGUCACUUCCAAAAUACUUUACUCCAGAAAUGUCAGCUCUGUCCAGUCGUAACUUUGAUCCAGAAAGAGAAAGAAAUUGAGCUGAAAUUCGCAGCUCUAUCUAAGUUCUCAAGAUUAGGGAACCUCUCCAAAGAUUUCCUCCAUAUUGUCAGCCCCAGACUACAUCAUGAGAAGGCAGAGUGUAUGUGUUCAGUGUGUACAGCUUGUAUGUGUCCUUGUCUCUCGGUAUAUCUAUCAUGUGACAGUCCCCAAGGCUGAAGAGGUGGUUACACCCUAUCUGCAGCUGUGAACUGCUCCACACUGGGGCCGCUGAGUUCAUGUGACAUUAGGGGAUGGGGAUUGGGAAGCCUCUGACCUGCCAGGGACCAUGAGCCACUUAGUCACAUAGGUCUGACCAGUCAUGACUGGCGCUCAGUGCACUUUUCUUUCAGUUCCUGGGGAAAUGUUCACGUCUCUGUGGUAGUGCCUGUACUUUCUGUUUGCUGUUUGAAUGACAAGUGCCCAGCCUCAGAAGCACUUAACUGUAGCCACAGCAGGAGCUGAUGGUACGUAGGAACUGAUGGGCCAUUCUUCUGAAUGGAACACAGUAGGUUAAAAGCACAGUUUGCGGAAUGUUAAUGGGAGAAGCCCCUAAAAGCUGUUUGCUUUUCCAGGCUUUGAGUUAUAUACUUUUAAUUUGAUUUUUAGAAUUUGGACACUUUACAUGAAUGUAAUUCAGCCAAGAAACAUGUUGCUAAGCUACAAUCCUCAGUGUUCUCUGUAUGUAUAUUUAUGUAUAGACCACAUGUUACAGCCUGCAUGAGCUUCCUCUCACACCGAGCCCAGCCGGAACUGAGCACGAGAUGUUGUCACAUGUAGACAAAGGACUGAGAUGUUCCUAAUAAAGACUAAGACGUUUCACUAUGA